AACAGCGAUGUCGCCUAUGGAACAUCGCUGUUCUGGUCAAGAUUUUCAAAAAAAAUAUCCGUUGCACCUUCAUUUAUUGCUCCAACAGUCAUAUUUUUUGAAAUUUUGGACGUUGGAGGCCUCCUUUUCUAUAAAUUGGAGCCUCCACUCCUCAUUUUUAUACACACAAACACAAAUUCUUUCCAUACUCUUGCAUAUCUCACUCCACUUACAAUUUUGUUUCCUUCUUCAUCAUGGGCAAGGACAAGAGCAGGGCCGCCACCUCCGGGAAAUCAAAGUCCAAAUCCCGGGCGCCUACGUCAUCCUCCGAGGAGAGCCUCUACUAUGGCGACGGGUCAUACCUUUGGUUUGACUCCGAAGAGGAGCGCACCCGUUUCCUCACCUUCUUCUCUAAACGGGUUGUGGCUCCCCCACGCAUCAUCCCGGAGCGUUACCCGGAGUUGGAGGGCUACGACGACCUCGACGCGCAGCUUCAUCAAGCAGGCCUUUGGCCGUUCGUCUCCCGGGCACGCAAGGAGAUCAACCCGGCGCUGAUCCGGGCCUUCUACUCCAACCUCCGGCGUGAGGACGACGUGCUCUACUCGCUCGUCAAGAG